AUGUUCUUCUACUGGGUGCCAGCCUACAGAAAAUACUUUGGUUGCCAGCGAUACAUGGAGUCAGGGGAUGACUUGUUUGCAAGAGUACAGCGCGCCACAGCCGGCUCGGAGGAGAUGAUGAAGCCCCCUGCCAUAGCCUUCUUCGGUCACAGAAGACAGCAGUGGUUUGAGAGCCCGGACACCGAUGAUCCUCAUUGGCGCCCGAGAGAUGUAACAUACACCGAACUCACAUCGGACCAACUCGCGGAUGAGGACUUAUUCAGCCGGUUUGAGGAGGAGGAGGAAGUGAAACCACGGCAGAACCCAUUGCGAAAUCCACAAACUCCAGCUCCAGGUGUCGCGUGCCCAUCGACACCAAAUUUGACACCCCUCCCGCAAGCUUGCCCCUCGACACCCACUCAGGCUCUUGGCCAAGCAAACCCAUCCACACCGAAUCUCCCACCCAUGGAGGCUUGCCCCUCGACACCCACUCAGGCUCUUGGCCAACCAAGACCCUUGGAGGCUUGCCCCUCGACACCCUCGCAAGCACCCGGCCAGCGAAGCCUAGGCGCAACCGAUUGCGCGAUUGGUUUCGGGCUGACACCCUUCCAUCCCCCACCGGCCCCAGCUCCUCAGGCACCCAGCCAACCAAGCCGGCCCUACCCGCAAGCCCAGUCCUUGGCACAACCCUCUCAGGCCAUUCACAUGCCGACACUGGCCCCGCAAGCUCAGUCACAGCCAGAGGCUUAUCCCUCGACACACCCCUCCCACGGACCCGGCCAACCGAGCCCAUACAUGCAGGCCCUACCAUUCGGUGGAGUGCAAGCUGUCACAGGCCCAACGCAGGCGCCCUGCCCGCAGCCAGGUACGCCAACACGCCAACUGCCGCCACCCAAACAUCUGAGGAAAGCAGCUGGACAAGGUCCAGAUAUGUGCUGA